AUGACCUCUGCCAUUUUGCGAACAAGUGCAAACCGAAAAACCUUCAGAGAAGCCUUCUACGCUGCUGCAAAAUUGAAAGGAGAAGCCUUCACUCAUAAUGCAGCAUACUUUAUUCAAGGAGGUGAUAUUAAACUUAGAACCAACAACAGCGAUGUGGAGCUUACAUUCCGACAAGAGAGUAAUUUCUAUUAUUUAUCGGGUUGCUCAGAGCCUGGAUGUGCCUUGUUGUUGAAUCCAUCCAUCAGUGAAUCUGUACUCUUUGUUCCACAAUAUGAUGAUGAAUAUGCAUUGUGGUGUGGAGAGUAUCCAGUGGCUGAAGACUACAAGCAAAAACUUGGUUUCUCUCGGGUUGAAUACAAAUCCGAAUCAGCUGUUGCCUCUAUUUUGAAGGAAUGGAAAAUUCAGAAAGUCUAUGCCUUUGAUCAAGACUCCAAGAACAGCUCAUUGCUGAAUCCAAAGACUCUUGAACCUGGUGUUGAAGUUAUUUCUGAUGAAACAUCACGAACUUUUUAUGUAUUGGUGAAGGACUUGAGACUCAUCAAGACCCAAGAGGAAAUUGAAAUUAUGAGAAGAAUGUGUCAAAUUUCUGGAGCAGCUCACGUCAAAUGCAUGCAACGUGCAAGACCUGGAAUCAAUGAACGUGAAUUGGAUGCUGUUUUUCGUUAUGAGACCAUGGUGAAUGGAGGCUCCAUUUUCCAAGCUUAUGAUCCUAUUGUUGCUGGUGACGAUCGUGGAGCAACUUUACACUACAUUAGAAAUGAUGAAAUUAUCCAUGAUGGAAGUUUGGUUUUGCUUGAUGCUGGUGCUGAAACUCAUGGCUCAUUAUAUGCAAGUGAUAUUACAAGAGUUUUUCCAGUGAAUGGAAAGUUUUCAGACAAGCAAAGGCAAAUUUAUCAAAUUGUUCUCGAUGCUCAAAUGCAAGUUUUAGCUUCUAUGAAACCUGGUGUGAAAUGGGAAGACAUGCAUCGAUUGGCCUUGCGUGUGAUGACGAAAUGUCUUUAUGAAUUGGGUAUUUUAAAGGUUGAUGGAAAGCAAGGAGAUGAAGCUGUCGAAGAAUUGAUGCAACAUCAUGCUGGUUCUAUAUUUUUCCCUCAUGGUUUGGGACAUGCAUUAGGACUUGAUGUUCAUGAUCCUCCAAAUAGAGAUGGUACUUUCGAAAAGAUUAAUGAGCCUGGUAUUAGAAAUCUCAGACUUAGAGUUACUCUACAAAAGGGUAUGGUCCUCACUGUUGAACCAGGUCUCUAUUUCAACAAGAGAAUGAUUGCCAAUGCUCUCAAGGAUGAAAAUCUUCAAAAAUACUUGAAUGCUUCUUUAAUUAAUGAUUACAUGAGUGUUGGAGGUAUUAGAAUUGAGGAUGAUGUCGCCAUUACUGAAGAUGGUAUUGACAAUCUUUGUGCAGGAGUUCCAAAAACAAUUGAAGAAAUUGAAAAGAUCAUGAGCAAGCAGUAA